UAUUAACAUGGCAACAUUGUAAUGGCUUUAAGUUUGGAAAAGUGAAGUGUUUUUAUCGGUCCGUUUGAUUGAUAAAUUUUGCCGAAUACUCAGGUUAUUUCUAUGAGAGUGCAUAUUAAGAAUUUACCGUGAUAUAUGUGAUUUGUGUUAUGUUAGAAACAUUACUCAAAUUGCUGUGAUGAUGAUGAUUAGGGUCGACUGAAGCGCUUUCUCUGUCUAUAUAAUAUUUGGUAUAUCUACAGUGAUCACCAAUACUAUAUAUCGGAAUAAAAAAGAAAAUACAAGGCAAAAUGUCGGGGAAACCGUAUACAGUGUCAGAGCUAAAGACUAUAGUCAAUUACCUAGUGGAAAAUAAAUUGUAUAGUGAAACAAGAGCUAGGAAGAUGUGGGUUGAUUUUGCUAACACAAAGAUAACAAAUAGAACUUGGCAGAGUUUGAAAGAAACGUUUAUAAAACGGAUCUUACCGGACAUACACAAUCCGUAUUUUAAACUGACUAAUGAACAGAUCAGUAGUUUCAAAGCCAGAUGUGAUCUAGCUGAAAAAGACAAAAACAAACUUGAAAUUCACACUAUAAGUGAUGACUCCAGUUCUAAUGGUACGAAACGUAAAUCAUUCGCUCGUAGUACGAAGCCAUGGCGUUAUAAUAAUAUUUGUCAAAAUCCGAAAGAUAAUGAGCCGUCAAAUGAUGAAGGGGAGACCAAUGCAGGUGAGAAUACACAAUGUUCAAAGAUACCUAUGAGAAGUAGAUCUUCAGCUGACACAGUAAUCCUUGAACACUGCUAUGAAACCGUGGAGGAUAUCCAAAGGGACCUGGAAUCCACUGAAGAAAAAAUUGAAGAUUUAAAGCAAUCUGAGGUUCAGAAAUCUCUCAGAGAUUGCAUAACUUAUUCUGAACCUCUAACACCAAUGCUGCAAGAAGUACUGGAUGAUUUUGCAUCAGAACCUGAAGAUUCUGACCGAGAGAACAGAAUGGAAAUUGUAGAGAACGAGAGUGUGCCAGAAGCUGAGAAUAUUGAAGACAUUGAGAUCAUGAAUGAACAGGUCCCUGACUUUGACAAUGAUAAUGCCACUACUAAGAGUGCUGAAGCUGAUAGCAUUGAACACGAUAAUGUAGUUGAAGCUAUUGAAGAACUGUUAGAUCAGGAAAUAGAUAAUGAAAGCGAUCCAGAUAACAGACCUCUGAACAUAAAUUCAAACAAUGCAGAUGAAUCUGAACCUGAUUUAAAUGACGUAGUUUUGGAUGAGGAAAUUUCAUCAAUGCAAGUAGAAACACACACUGAUAAGAAUAUUGAUGAUAGCUCAGAACCAAUUGAUUCUGUUGCUGUUGAAAAAGAAACUGUACAACCUGAUACUACUAAUGCUGGGGAUACAAGCUCCAAAAACUUACAGACGGAACCUCAAGUACAAUCUGGUGCCAUAAACUCCUCCAAUAGUACAGUUGACGCCACUCUUCCUAAUAAUCAAGAGGCAAUUAAUAAGAAGCAAUCUCAGAUUGUUGAAGUUAAUGAUAAAAAUACAGAAGAAAGUACAAAUGAAGUAACAAAUGAUACUGAUGACACACAAGCCGCUGCGAAAGUUGCAAGAAAAAGAUCUGUUUCUGAAGAACCAAUCAACUAUACACAUAAAAAGAAAAAGCGACUUCACAUCCAGUUGAAAUCAUCUUCGGAAUCAGAAGGGAUACAAAAAACAGAGUCUCAUCAUGAAGGUGUUAUUAAACUAGCAGCAGGACAAAUGGGCAGGUCUCAAAGUACUGACGACUAUAACAAACCUUCAACCAGUGCAGUAAUUGACGAAGUCAUUGAAAUAGAAGAUGUUACAACUGAAUUGCCGCCGGUGGUCACGAAUCCUUGCUUGCAAACCGUCAGUUUGUUUGACGAACAAUUUAACAAGACUAGACAUAACAUGUCCGAGUCUAGUGACUUUGAGAAGAAUAAGAAGGAAGUGGAAGCUGAAAAGACAUCAUCUCAUAAAACUGUUCCGAGGAUUUCAAAAGAAGCUUCGAAGUCGCGUUCGGUGUCCGAAUCUGAAGUAACACCACCUCCGCCGAAGAAAAGGAAGCGGAUUGGUGUAAUAUCAAAUAAAAGUGAAAGAGACAAAGCUAUUGCGAAAAUGUUUGGAGUAACUAAUGGCGGAGGGGGACACUCAAAGCGCAAAAGACGUACCAGCCAUCGUGCGGAACGUACUCGAACUACAUCGCACAAUAAUAUUUCACACCAAGAUGCCGCUCGCUCAGAUUCAAGUGAUUGGACUUCUGAGAGUGAGAGCGACGCGUUUGUGUCGCCACCUCGCAGCCGUAGGAACAGGUCCACCAAGAAAUAUUUAAAGCCACGUUCAGUUAAGAUAGCAUCGCUUGAGGAAGAAGGUGGACUGUUCAUCAUGUACGGCAAAAGAAUAUACCCAAUCGUAAAAGAUGGGAAGAUUAUCAAGAACUACGUCACAUUCCUACCAGAAAGUGAUUCCGAUGAAGAAUUGUUCUGGAAACAGAAGUAUGUAGAGGAAAAGAGGAAGGCUGCUGAAUUGAAGAAAUUAUUACAAGAAGCUGCAGUGCCUAAAUCUGUGACAAUAGAGAAUAUUCCAGCCGUACACCAGCCAAACCCAAUAAGUACUCCAAGAUCUAGUCUAGUUCAGGUGGCUGAACCUUCAAAUUGCCAAGGUAAGUUUUUGAAAAGUGUUAAAAGAGAAGAAGGAACGAGCCAUCAAGAGGAAGGUGUGAAACAAAAUAAGGUUAAAUUCACGAAGAACAAUGAGGAGGUGCACUUAGAAGGUCACUGGCCUCAGAUCCACCCAGUCCUCGAGCAGGUGGUGCAGAUCUUCCACAAGGAGUCUGAAACAGCUGUUAACGAGCCGCCACAGAAGCCCGCUACCAAUGGGGUUAAGGACAUAAACAGUGGACAGUCAACACCUGUUGUGAUCACCGUUGACCCAGAAGUACAUGAAAAAGUAAACAAAAUUGAGAAAGAAAUAUUCGAAGAGAUUAAGGAACGAGAUCAAGAGGAAGGUGUGAAACAAAAUGGAGUCAAUAAUGUAACGAAAAGGAAAUCGUCGUCAUCAUCAAUACCAACGCCUGAGAAACGGCCAAAAUUGUCCAAUGGAACGGUAGAGACAAACAAACAGACCAAUGAAACGGUAGCCGUAGAAAAUGGCCGGCCACGUCGACUGAGGGUAAGGGAGACGGAAAAUAAAUCCGUUGAUAAUCAAGAGAUGUCACCUAAAAGACAAUCAAAAACGCCACGUCCUUUUUUGAAUGAAACUGUAAACACAACCAACUUGAAAACAAUGCAGACUCGGCGAUCAAAGCAGAAUUUGGAGAACAGCCCCAAAGAACAAGAAGAAGAAGUAAAAUACAUGUUGGCAACACGGAGCAAGAGACUAUCACUUAAGGCAACUAACAAUAAAACAAAUAAAAAAACAUAUAAAAGUGUUGAAAAACUUCCGAGGAUAUUCUCGUCUCCUGAAAAUCUGCCACCUUAUUCCAUGGACAGUACGCAAGGCUACCACGAUACUGACACGAGUCCAGUUAAACCAGAAACAAGGAAAAAGAAAAAACUGGACAUGUCCAGCUUUGCGAUAAAGACGAGAAACUCUUUGCGUCGGAAUUCAAAAAGCAAGUCCUAUCCUUAUUUAUACUGUGAUGCGUACGACGACUCUAGUAACUCGUCUGUUGAUGCACAAGCAAAAGUCACUCGGGAAAAUUCAACUCUGAAAUCCGAAGCUUACAGGUCGGACUCUUACCAACACCUUAUGCCCCAAGUAAAAAUAUCGAGGCUUUUGGAACCAAUACACGAAAAUUCUCCGAAUGAUAAUAGAAUUUAUUUCUCAAAAUCUUCGAAAGAAAUGCGCACUGAAGAUGUAUCAGCUCUUAGAAGUGAUAAUCACACAAAUAACUCAGGUCAAAUGACGAGUGAUGUUGGCAGUUCCAGUAAUAUGUCUCUUCCAAUGUCUCCAGAAUUAUCGAUCGUGGAAAACUUAUCUAUAUCGAAAGAGCUUCUUAACUCUGCUGAAAAUUACCCAACUAUUAAUGAAAUGCAGAAUACAGAUGCAAAUGAACCAAGCACAUGCAACAAUUUUCGGAUAUCAGAAGUCGACGUCACCUUACCACUGAUGAAUCAGGAAUGUGAUUUUGAAAGUUAUAACGUAGCAAGUGAACCCGGCAGUGGAGGGCAAGGGUUGGUUACAGAGUCUUUGCUGAACAAAAUCGACACUUUCAAUAUAAACGACCAAGUAACUGCAACGGAUACAUUGAAUAAAAAACUUCACGAUUUGCUAUUGGAAAGUGCUAGGAAAGCGAGCAGAAAACAGAGUACAGAAGAUAAAGAUAGCGUAAUGGAAGUAGAUGUUACUAGUGCUCCUAUUGGUGAUGUGCAAAAGAAAGCUAAAGCCAAAAAGAGAUGUUCCACUCCUCAGAAAAGAAAAGGAUCGAAGAAAUCUGCGGCUCCUCAUGUAGAGCCUGUUGUAGAAGAAGAACAUGUGGAGUCGUUCUCACACGGUGGCGGUAGACAGUCAUGCCCGCCACUCUUCCAAGCAUAUCGGGCCGAUGAAGUCCUAACUGAAGAAAUAGAUAUUGCUAACCUCAGCAUCACCAAUGAAAAACUAAAGGGCAAAAAGAAGAAAGACAUCAUCAGAGUUAAGAUACAGCGGCCUAAACAUAAACUGGGCUACGAGAAAGUUCGUUCGAAAUCUGCUAAAAAUGCAAGCAGGUUGUCAAUUUUCACAGAUAGCGGUAUUAAUGAAACUGAGUCGGAGGUGUUUCAACCAGUUAAUGAAAGUGUGGAACUAAUACAUAAUCACUCCGAAACUUGCCUACUUGCUAAUGAUUGUGUAGGCGACAGUCUAGAGUUUGUAGAAAAUUCCAAAUCCGUUAUAACUCUGGACGAUUCGUUGCAAUCUGGCGAUGCGUGGGAUAGCCAAACUCGGAACACUAAUGAACACAGCACUUCGCCGACACCUGAUAUGUUUUGCAACAAUGCUCAAGAUGUCUGCUUGUAUAAAAACGCUAAAUCAGAUAUCGAAAGUGUAAGCGAAACAGUAUACCACAGCCCAUACGGUACUCCCAACAGCCUAAUCACAGAAGACAUUUCCGACGAUUCUCCUUUGGCAUCACGCCCGGCAAAAUGGUACUUGUUGAGCGAAGAUGAAACCAAUAACACGAACUUGGUGGGACAAGGAUCCACCAUGUUAAACGCUGGGAGCUUCGUAUCCAAUCUUAAACAUAUAUUCCCAGUUACUUGCGCCGUACCUGAUCUAUCCACCAUUACAGAAAUGUCCGACAGCAGCAGAAAACCCGCUCUAGAAGAUUUAGCCGGUCUAACAGGAGAUGACUUUAAUUCUCUAAGCGUUUUCGAUUCUAAUUUUAAUGUUUGAUCCAUUACAGCCUGGUGCCUUAAAUAUUCAGUAAAAUGUUUGUUAACGUAUUUUGAUGAUUUUUAUGAAAUAAAUGUUAAAUUAUAUUUUAAUACUUAAUAAAAUUAUUUGCUUUUCUUUAA